AUGACAUCGUAUGAAUUGAAAAACCAGGUACCCGCCAAUAACGAGGUCCGCAUCUCGGGAGGCUAUUCGGCAAAGGAUCGCGACAAUGCUGAGCUCGUGCGCUUGGGAAAGAAACCCGUGUUGAAGCGAAACUUUGGAAUCUUGUCCAGUCUCGGUUUUAGUUGUACCAUCCUCGCCACCUGGGAAGGCUUAUUUGGGACCUUCCUCAUCCCUUUGCAGAAUGGAGGUCCCGCGGGCGCGGUCUACUCGUUCAUCUACGUCUGGACCGGAACAGCAUGUUCCUUCACAGUGCUUUCGGAGCUGGUCUCAAUGGCACCAACGUCCGGAGGGCAAUAUCACUGGUGCGCGAUGCUUUCCCCGCCGAGGAUAAUGAAGUGCCUGAGUUACAUCACCGGCUGGGUGACAACCAUUGGCUGGAUGUCCGCCUUUACCAGUGCCAGCUUCUUGGCGGGAACAGAAAUCCAGGGCGUCGUGACCCUCGCGCACGCAAAUUAUGAUCCCAAGCCAUGGCAAGGCACCUUGAUUAUGUGGGCAGCGAUAUUACUAGCCCUGGCGAUCAACAUCGUCGGAGGAAAGUUGCUGCCCAGAUUCGAGACCCUGGUUCUGGUUGUUCAUAUCCUGGGGUAUUUCGCGAUCUUGAUCCCCUUGACAUACAUGGCCGACCAUAAGUCCAACCAAGAAGUCUUCAAGGAAUUUGUGAACAGCGGUGGGUUCCCGACAGACGGGCUGGCCUUUUUUGUCGGCAUGACCGGAUGUGUUUUUGCUUUUGCAGGUGGUGAUGCGGCGGUCCACAUGGCGGAAGAAGUCGCGAAUGCCACGGUCGCAAUCCCUCGCGCGGUUCUUCUGAGUGUAUUAAUCAACGGGACCCUCGGGUUUACCAUGUUGAUCGCCACCCUUUUCUGCAUGGGGGACAUCGACAAGGCCCUCAGUACCCCCACCGGGUAUCCGUUCAUUGAAAUAUUCUAUCAGGCCACCGACUCCAUCUCGGGGGCGCUCGGCAUGAGCUCGGUCCUGCUCAUCAUUGCCGUCUGCUCGGUCAUUGGGAUGCUGGCAGCCACCUCGCGUCAGCUUUGGUCGUUUGCCAGAGAUCGCGCGGUGCCCGGCUGGCGCUUAUGGAGCCAUGUUUCCCCACGGACAUGCAUUCCGACCUAUUCCAUUCUUCUCACCAUGACCGUUGCAGCUCUUCUUGGUCUCGUCAACAUUGGGUCCGAUGUGGCCCUGAAUGGUAUCAUCUCCAUGGCGGUGUCGGGCAUCUACCUGUCCUACCUGAUUGUCGCAGUUCUGCUUCUCUACCGGCGUUGCACGGGUGAAAUCUCGCUGUUCAGCGACGGGGAGGACAUGCUGGUCAACGUACCCGGUGCCAAGCUGAUGUGGGGGCCCUUUCACGUUCGAGGCAUCUUCGGGAUAUUGAUCAAUGGCUACGCCGUCAUCUAUAUGAUCAUUGUGGUGUUUUUCAGUUUCUGGCCCAGCCAGAUGUCCGUCGACAAAACGACGAUGAACUUCAGUGUGGUCGGCACAAUCGGGACGAUCAUCCUGGCACUGAUCUAUUAUGUCUUCCGGGCUCGGCAUGUGUACACGGGACCCGUCAUCGAGCUCCAUCGGUGA